AUGAACAACGAAACUCCUAAAGAACGCCAAAAAAGGCUCCAACCACGUAUCUAUCCCUGGACUUCACAUGGUUUGCACCGUCAUACACUAGGCAGCAUGAAUCAUAGAUGUUCAAAGUGUGGAGCUCUUAUGUGGCUUGAUGAAAGAAUAACUAACACAUCU